GGGGACUGCGCGCUCCCGCGGGCCGGGGGGCAGCGCCCGCUGAGCGCGGCGCGGAGGCAGCGCCAGGCAUGGCCGACCCGCUCCGCAGGACGCUCUCCAAACUGCGGGGCAGAAGGUCCCAGCGAGGGGCGGCGGCGGGCGCCGGGUACCGCCACGGAGGGCUCUGCGCCCCGCAGGAUUUCAUAGAAAAUGUUUACAUAGAAACUUCAAGAAGCAGGAAGGAACUCAAGUGCCCCCAGGCCAGCGAGGAGCCCGAGCACAGGCCGCAGGUGAACAGCAUAACCGUUUCCAAGAAACGCAGCUGGCUGCAGCAGAGCACCCACCGACGACCUCCUCCUCCUCUGGAAGAAGAAAAUGCCUGUAACGAAGUGCACGGGGCUGUUAUCCUGGUACCCAGAUCUCCCAUGCCGCUGCCCGAGCCCGCAGUGCCGUGGGCUCCCUCCACAUCGGCAGUGGGGCGGGAGCGGCCGGCACGGAGCUGUGCCCUGCCGAGCGCCGCCGCGCUGAGGAGCGCUGCCUUGGACUGCGGCGAGGAUGGCGACGCGGAUGAUGAAGGAGAAAUAUGGUACAACCCCAUCCCUGAAGAUGAUGAACCCGACUUGCCCAGGGUCUGCCCUUCUGCUGUGAAUAGCCUUGUUGCUGUGGGCUCCCCAUCAGUUUGGUACAAAGCCCACCCUGGGGGUGACUCUGGGACGGCCACGAGUCCCCAUGAGAGUCCCACAUGCUCCAUGGAGAGCACGGGGAGCAGCUGGACGGCGCAGCCCGGUGAAGGGAGCCAGGCGGAUGCCGCGCAGCCCAGGGAGCACACGCAGCAGCAGCGACAGAAGUUUGCCUGCAAGGCUCCGGGUAUGCCGGCAGCAGAGGACAAUCCUGCCUUUAAGUGCCCUUCCACAGGGUUUGGAGCUGCUCUUGCACACAAGCCUGAUAUACCCUCCACAGAGGUUUCUCCUCCAAGUCCCAGUCCUCUGAAAAAAAGCGGAUCAAUCAACUGGCCUUUCCCUGAUAGAAUUAAAUCUCCCAGGACUGUGAGGAAGCUUUCCAUGAAAAUGAAAAAGCUGCCAGAGCUGAGCAGGAAGCUGAGUGUGAAGGGAACUUCAAGCCAUAGUAGUUCAGAUAAUCCUCCUUCCCUGCUGAAAGGUAGCUGCCGGGAUACAAGCCAUACAGUGUCUUUGCCUUCUACUGGAAACUCAACCACAGCUGCCAGCAGGAAUGUGAUAAGCCGUUACCAUCUUGACAGCAGUGUGUCCUCACAACACACCUACAAAAAGAAGAGCUCAAGGAGCUCCAAAUCCUUCAACAAAGGUGGUUACCUCAGUGAUGGCGACUCUCCUGAACUUAUAACAAAAUCAGGUAAACACAGGCAUGAAACCAAGUGUGGGAAAGGAAAGGAGAGCCUUCCAAGUAACAGUGGUAAACCCGAAAUAGAUAUCGAUGCCUUCAGACACUACAACUUUUCUGAUCAACCCAAGUGCUCUCAGUACAUCUCUGGACUCAUGAGCAUUCACUUUUAUGGUGCUGAAGACUUAAAGCCACCACGAAUAGACUCAAAAGAUGUCUUUUGUGCAAUACAGGUUGACUCAGUAAAUAAAGCAAGGACUGCCCUGCUUACAUGUAGGACAACAUUUCUAGACAUGGACCACACAUUCAACAUAGAAAUCGAAAACGCUCAGCACUUAAAGCUGGUGGUGUUCAGCUGGGAACCCACCCCACGGAAAAACCGAGUGUGUUGUCAUGGAACUGUGGCUCUUCCCACUCUCUUUCGGGUCACCAAAACACAUCAGCUGGCUGUCAAACUGGAGCCCAGGGGGCUUAUUUAUGUCAAGCUGUCACUCAUGGAACAGUGGGAGAACUCUCUCGAUGGCCUUGACACAGACCGGGAGCCCGUGAUGUUUGGGGUAGAUGCUCGAAAAGUUGUAGAGAAGGAAAAUGCAGGCUUGAUGGUGCCACUUUUGCUGCAGAAAUGCAUUCUGGAGAUUGAAAAGAGAGGCUGUCAGGUGGUGGGUCUGUACCGGCUCUGUGGCUCGGCUGCGGUGAAGAAAGAGCUUCGAGAGGCGUUUGAGAGGGACAGCAAGGCGGUCACGCUCUGUGAAAGCCAGUACCCAGACAUUAAUGUCAUAACAGGUGUCCUAAAGGAUUAUCUGCGAGAGCUGCCCUCCCCCCUGAUAACCAAGCAGCUCUACGAAGCAGUAUUGGAUGCCAUGGUGAAAAAUCCCUUGAGAAUGACAGCAAAUGGUUGUGAGAAUGACCCAAGUGACUCUGAUUACGCAGCAGCCCUCCUGGAUUGCCUGCCAGAUGUUGAGAAGGCUACCCUGAAGAUGCUGUUGGAUCACCUGAAACUGGUGGCUUCUUACCACGAAGUAAAUAAGAUGACGUGCCAGAAUUUAGCUGUGUGUUUUGGCCCUGUGUUACUGAGCCAGAGGCAGGAGACCACCAACCAUAACAACAGAGUCUUCACAGACUCAGAAGAGCUUGCUAGUGCCCUGGACUUCAAAAAGCACAUAGAGGUUCUUCACUACUUACUUCAGUUGUGGCCAGUUCAUCACUCACCUGCCAAAGAACCAGCACGUCUGAAUACAUUUCCUGAGCACUCAUCCUCCCUGAAUUACCUGAGGCCCAAGAGGCAGAGACCUCAGAUGCUGAAUCUGAGCGGCACCGAGAUGUUGGGGGUGCUCAGACCGAGGCCAGCAGGUCUGGACAGCCCGUCGAGCAACCGCUACGCUGGGGACUGGAGCAGCUGUGGGGAGAACUACUUCUUAAACCCCAGAGACUGCCUGGCUGAGGCAGACUACGAUGAUGUCCCUUCGGAGGACACGGAGAGCGGGGAUGACAGCAGCAAAGCCGAGGAGUUGGAUGUCCCCGCAAGACGCCCGCAGCCCAGCCCCGGAGAGCACCCCUUUGGGAGCUACCUGACAGUGCAGGAUGUGGACUCUGCAGUGGAUCACAGAGCACACCUCAAGGACCUGCAGGAAAGUAUUGAUACUCUCAUAGGAAACUUGGAAAGGGAACUCAAUAAAAACAAACUAAAUAUGAGUUACUAAAUUCUGUCCUGCAUGACAUCUCCUCCUUGUGCCUCCAUGCCCCUUGCUGGGCUUCCCUAGCUGUGUGAGGAGUGAUGGCGCCCCUGAACACCUUGUGGUAAGGCCAUGGCUCACCUUGUGUUAGCACAUUUUAAGCCAUUCCGUAAUGUUUCUGCCUUUUGUUAGAAGGCAUUGUCCUGAUUUGUGUGUUGGAGACAAGCUUAGACUGUGAUGUGAUUCCACAUAGUGGCAUUUCUCCCUAAAAACACUAUGCACUUAGGUGGCCUGGGCAAUACCUGGCAGAAGAUAAAGCAACAUCUCUGCUGUCCGUGGCAGCAGAACUCCUCAUUCCUGAACUCCUGGCUCCGGUACGGAUGUUCCUCUCAGAAGAGGAUGAGCGCUGCUUGGCCUGAGUUUUGCAGCAGGGACUUCAGAUAGACUUGUUUUACUAUAUAUGCAAUGGCUGCUAUGAAAAAUGCUUUAUAUAAUAUUUAUAUAUAAAGUUUUAAUUGUACAAAUAUUAAUGUAUUACUGUAUUAACACUUUCCAGUAAUUAUUUAAACAAGCAAAAAUAAAUAUUUUUCUAACCUUGUUUGUAUAUAUCUAUGUAUAAAUGUGCAUGUGUCUGUAGCCAUCUUUGGAAAGGAAAGGUCUCAGAAUUAUGAAAUGUUCCCAUUUCUAGGAAGACAUGUUCAGUGAUGCCAGGACAAGGUUACCCUUUGGGUAACACAGCAUUUGAUUUAUGCACAGAAACAUAGCCAGAGAGGAGGUAGGGUGAAUGAUUAAUGUAAAUGACCUUGUGUAUUGCAGGAACAGCCGUUUGCAGGUGUUGACUAUUAACUCUCACACACACACCACCCUUUCUCUGUUUGGUUUUUUUUUUUUUACUUCAUUGUUUGUUUCUUCCUCCAUGGGGUUUUUUCACAUAUAAAGAAGGUCUGUAAGGCAUUUACUUUGCAAAAAAUAAUUUUUGUUUUUCCUUGAAACCUGUUACUUUUUUCUUAAUGUUUUGGUACAUUUUUUUUCUCUCCAGAGUUUCGUGUAUUUUUGUUGCGGUACCCUUGGCUGCUGCUGGUAGUUAGGUGCAUUUGAGCCCUCUGUAAAGGCUUGUGGCUCUGGAGAUGCAAGAUUCAAGUUCAGCACAAAGCCAGUUACUUUUUUUUUUUUUAAAUUACUCUUCCUGAAAUGGAAAUCAGAGUUGUCACACGAGGUUGAAUGGGUGGAAGGAUGUUACUCCUGGGGAGUUUGGGUGGGAUUGCAGUUCACUGUGACCUUACUAGAUUCAGCUAUCACCAUCUGCUCAGAGCCUCUUUUAUCUCUAAUAAUUUAUGAUGAGCCAUUAAAAUUUCACAUUAAGGACACACAUUCUUGAUUCAAUUAAAAAUAGUUACCAAAUUGUGUACAGAUGUUUUGAUAGUCCUUCUAACCAGAAGGACAUGUGAAGUCAUUCCUUGUCCUCUACAGGUCACAUACACACCCCCAAGGAAGGGGGGUUUGGGCAGGUAGGGGUGAGAAGGUUUUGGUGUUUUGAGAGGUCAGACACAGAGUUGCUCUCAGCUGGCAGGGUAGAAAUUAAUUCUACAUCUUUUUGGUACAAUUUUUGUCAUGCCACCAUGCCUUUCCAUUCAGCCUGUGAGCAAGUGCUUUUCUGCUAACCUGUACUUCCUUAUACUGCUUAAUUGAAGAGUUAUUUAUUUACAGUAGCAAGGAAUUAAGAAUUGCUAUGGCAAACUUCACCCCUCUUUUCUAAGGAAUUAUUUUAGCAUGGUUCCAAUGGUUUAUUCAAUCUCAUUAAUUUAUUUUUAUAAGUGUUAAAAGAUGCAAAACAAUUAUUGCAAUAUAAUGAUAUGAAUGAAAAUGUAAAUUUAACCUGAAGCAUUUAUCAAUAAAUCGAUGUAUUUUUUUAAACUUUUAUACCUACAGAAUGUGCAUACUUUUUAAACUAUAAAUUUAAAUUCUAAAUAAAAUUUGAAUUAAGAACAAAA